GCAUUAGAAGAAUACAGGCUGCAAAGAUGGCCCUGCUAAUUUCUGCUAUUAGAAUCAAUGCCAGUCGCACUCCUGCUAAAUCGGCACUUAUCUUUGUCCACGGUCUUGGUGAUUCUGGGGAAGGUUGGUCGUGGUUGCAUCCUUUGGUGCAACAAAAGGGAAUUAUAAAAGAUGCCGACAGCAUCAACUAUAUAUUCCCAAAUGCUCCCAGUAUCCCAAUUACUGUUAAUGGAGGAUACGUGAUGCCUUCAUGGUUCGAUAUUUACGAAUUUGGCAAUCCUAAUGCAAAACAGGAUGAAGUUGGUUUCCUAAAGAGUUGCGACGUAUUGAAAGCUCUAAUCAAAGAACAAAUAGAUGUGCACAAGAUCCCAGCCGAGAGGAUAAUCAUUGGUGGAUUCUCUCAGGGUGCUGCAAUUUCUUUAUCGACAAUUGCUUUGUUGGACUUCAAAAUAGGCGGAGUAGUAGCCUUAUCUGGAUUUUGUCCUAUUAAGAGUUCAAUUGAAAAGUUACACGAUGGGAAGGAUGCUAACUACAAUACGCCGAUUUUCCAAGGUCAUGGUGUAAUUGAUCCUCUUAUUCCUUGUAGUAUGGGCAAGGAAACAAGUGAAUUUUUCAAGUCCUUAGGAUACCAUAAACUAGAAUUCAAAACUUAUGAUUAUGUCGCUCACAGCACAGGCGAACAAGAGUUGAUAGACUUCAUGACUUUUGUUGGCACAAUCCUCAAUUAAGUAUAUAUUCCAUAUAGCUUAAACUUCUUUUUUGAUAAGAGCAUACUGCAACGGAAAUACAUUCAAGAUCGCCUGC